AUGGCCGAAGUCGCUGGCCUUAUAAUAGGAGUCGUCGGGCUCGCAGGCGUAAUAGGCGCCUUCAAAAACGCCAUUGACCUUUUUAGUGGGUUUAUGAACUCGCGAGCAUUCGGUCGCGACUAUGAAAUACUUGAUACUAAGAUCGAUAUUGAGAGGGCGAUUUUAUUGCAAUGGCCCAAGCAACUCCUAUUAGGCGACGAGGCCAAACUCAAGAGUCGAUAUGGUCUAAUGGAAAGCGGGCGCUAUACCAGCGACCAAGGGAACUCUGAAGCCUUCGAAGAGUUGACUGAAGAGUUGGCUUAUUUCACUACGAAACUUACACAAAUCGUCCCGGUAUCCACCACUCAAGAAUGUUCAACUAGCCUUGGUGUUGGUCUCGACCCAAACGUGACGGAAGACCUUCAAGGACUAAAAGUUGUCCUCGACGCAUCUGACGGUUGCCGAAAAGACAUUGCUAAGUCAGCCCGGCGUCAUCUCGAACUCGCCUGUCAGGAACGGAUCCUCCGCAAAUUGUGGUUUAGAAAUAUUAACGAGAGAAAACAGUCCAAGCCUCCUAGCGACACUAGAAUUGAGAGUUUAGCUCGAAAAUAUGGAUGGGCUAUACCUACAACGGGACCGUCAGAUUCGGAAGAUUCCCUUGAGGACUCCGGUACUUUCGAGGUGGGUGUUGAUUAGGAUAGGAUAUUCGCGUCGCACGAUUUUCCAUUGGAAGACUCGCCGUCUCCACACAAGAAACACCAUCUCGAUAUGAAUCCGCAGGAACCGUAUGAAAGAACCUGUCUGACGAUUCGUACGUCGUAGCGCAAUAACAUUUCGAGAAAACGCCCACGCAAAUACAAGCCCAUACAAGUUGGAUCGGGGUAGCAAUCAAUGCAUCUCAAGGGCAUGGGGCUCAACGAAAGCCGAAUCGUGGAAAAAUACAACCCGGUGGGAUGGUAAAACCGAUAGCAUGUGUACCAAUACGACAAUAAACCCCGUAACGGCCCACAUCUAUAAUUGGUCUAUAACACAUCGCCGUGGAUGCGACCGUGAUUCGUAGGGCCGGUUCAUAUCAAACCAUCCGGAGAGCUAG